UAUUGACACAGCUGAAGUUUACUGGAGUUUAGCUGAAGUCUAAUGCAAAAUUAAUAGACUGUUGUCAUCCUCUUAAGGUCAUAGGGAGAGCACACAAACGAAUACAGUAAAAGAAAGUGAAAGUACAGAGAAAUGUUCAGAAAAUGAAAACCAUUUGUUUCCUAUUAAAAGCCAUGCAUACAAGGAAUGUCUUCAGAAAACCUAGGGUCCAAGGUUAAGCCAUAUCCCAGCUCAGUAAAGCCAGCAGCACCCUCAUUUCCCAAUGGCCCUCCUGUUCCCUCUACUGGCAGCCCUAGUGAUGACCAGAUAUAGCCCUGUUGGAGCUCUGGGCUGUGAUCUGCCUCAGAACCAUGGUCUACUUAGCAGGAACACCUUGGUGCUUCUGCACCAAAUGAGGAGAAUCUCCCCUUUCUUGUGUCUCAAGGACAGAAAAGACUUCAGGUUCCCCCAGGAGAUGGUAGAAGGGAGCCAGCUGCCGAAGGCCCAGGUCGUGUCUGUCCUCCAUGAGAUGCUGCAGCAGAUCUUCAGCCUCUUUCACACAGAGCACUCCUCUGCUGCCUGGAACAUGACCCUCAUAGACCAACUCCACACUGGACUUCAUCAGCAACUGCAACACCUGGAGACCUGCUUGGUGCAGGUAAUGGGAGAAGGAGAAUCUUUUGGGGCAAUUAGGAGCCCUGCACUGACCUUGAGGAGGUACUUCCAGGGAAUCCGUGUCUACCUGAAAGAGAAGAAAUACAGCGACUGUGCCUGGAAAGUUGUCAGAAUGGAAAUCAUGAAAUCCUUGUUCUUAUCAACAAACAUGCAAGAAAGACUGAGAAGUAAAGAUAGAGACCUGGGCUCAUCUUGAAAUUAUUCUCAUUGAUUAAUUUGCCGUAUAGCACUUGCACAUGUGACUCUGGUCAUUUCAAAAGACUCUUAUUUCUGCUUUAAUCACAGAAUUGAUUGAAUUAAUUCUGCAAAUACUUUGUCAGUAUAUGUUAAAAAGACUUAGAUUCAGGGGCAUCAGUCCCUAAGAUGUUAUUUAUUUUUACUCAUUUAUUUAUUCUUACAUUUUAUCAUAUUUAUAAUAUUUAUAUUCUUAUAUAACAAAUGUUGGCCUUUACAUUGUAUUAAGAUUACAAAACAUGUUCGGCUUUCUAUUUGGUUAAAUACUGUAUUUUGUUAUUUAUUAAAUUAUUUUCAAAC